AUGACUGAUCCAACCAAGCCAAUCAGCGCCACAAAACGGCCGAAAGCACUCAUCCGCCUACUCGACUCGCGACAAAUUGAGGCAUGUUUCUCUGAUUUCUUCUGAGUGCUAAUAUUCUCAUUUCCAGAUUGUUCUCCAUUCCCGGCUCUCCGUCGAAGAUGUUCUCCGUCUUAUCGCCGAAAAACUCGAUAUCUCCUUCUCAGAUUCUCGAUAUUUUUGCCUGGGGUUUUCAGAUAAUUUGUAAGUUCUAUCAGUGAACGUGAACUCGACUUCGACAAUGCUUUCUCAGUGAUAAUUUUCACUGGCUGGACAGCUCGGUAAUUCUGUAUGAUUUGGUCGCUUCAACUUCAAAUCCGAAGGGCACAUUGACCUUGUCGCAUCAUGUCAGGUGGGAGGAAUCAGCCGGGAAAUGAAUGACAACGGCCCCGGGCUUGCAGGUUCUUUGUCGAGACGAUUUACGAGGUUCAGUGCGCCUCUUCCGCCAAACUUUUCUUCUUCGACAUUCAUAAUCAGCUAGCGAGAGUAAGCCGACCAGUCGUCUUCAAACCUGACUCAUUAUUUCAGCACGAGUUGCUGGUGACCAGCGAGGACUACUUCGAACUGGUCGCUAUUCUGGUUUCCGUGUUCGUUCCCGAGUGCCAGUAAGUCUCUUGCUUCUUCUUCUUUUUCUCCCUCUUCUCCGACGCUUUUCACCUCUCCACUGCUUCUUUCGAUCCGGUCCUCUUCCAGAGUGAAAUCCACUUGAAAGUGUGUGUGCGUGUAUGGUUUUUAUCCAAUUAUAAGUCGAUCGACCCGAUUUGUUUCUUUCUUUCCUCGCCCGUUUCCCAUGAAGGUCGCUUGCCGGCUAACACCCCGAAUGCCUGAUAAUUUACAACUGUUCUCAUCAAUCUCCGCUUUGCAGGGAAAACACUGUCGGAGAGGCCAUCUCUCGAGUCAUGCCCAUGUCGCAUCCGUCCUAUAUUCUUCUCAAAACAGACCAAAAUGAAGCGGAACGGAAAGUUUUCGACAAGUUCCGGUACUACAGGCGGUUACCCGUCGGAACGGGAAUGAUAAGGUGAGAUCCGGUCAGAAAGCAGAAAAGCAUCCGAGGGUGGAAUGGAUCAGUAGAAAAAACAAAGCAAACAAGACCAUUAUUGGAAAAUCCACACAUUCCUGGCAUCCAUAGUAUAAUCGUGUCACUUUUUCAGCUUCAUAAAACUUGCCGAAAAGAGCGAAUCGUACGGUUGCCGGAUGUACGAAGCGCUGAAUGAAAAUAACGACAAAUGCAUUCUGUCGAUCGGCAGCAAAGGCAUCUACAUUUACCGGAGAAGCCGCCAUCAGAACCUCAUCACUCCGUAUCUCGCUUAUCCGUGGAGAGUCAUCGACAACCUGUACUAUCGCGACAGGAAGUUCUCCAUCGAAAUUAGGGAACCAAAAAGGUACUCGUGACGCAUUUUUGAAUAGUUUUCUAUAGUUGCGGGAUGUCUUGAGAAACGCCAAAAACAAUUUUCAGGUAUCCCAAAACUAAAGCCUUACGGCUGCCAAAUUUUUUUUCGAACCGGGCCCCUCCCACUUGCGUAUCCCGAACUGCCGGCGCUAGGGUUGCAGAACAGAGCCUGUUUUUGCCUGUUUUGCAAAAUCUCCACGUUAAAAUUGCAAAACACUGUUCUGCCGGCGCUCAACUCAAAACACCUAUAUAGCUUCCCACGAUUUUGUUUUCAGGAACGAAAGUAGCGAGAACGUGGCAGAUGAUGUGAUCCUGAUCAAUGACCGGCAGCUGUCGGAAGCCUUCAGCCACCCGACUACCCAGUAAGUCCCCCUCUUCGCACCCAUUAUCCUCAUCUUUUUGAAUGUGUUGUCCAAACAUAUAACUGCUCCUUUAUGUACUCUCUGUGCAUACGCAACAGAAGCGCACAGUUGCGUCGUCGCAAAACUUUCUUUUUUGUGCUACCGCCCUGUGAAUAAGUCUGAUUACCCAACCGCGGAGUCCAUUGAACGGACAAACGUGAGGGUCAGCAGCGGUAAGGAAGGUGCGCCCGUCCGUUCGAACCGUGUGCCAAUUCGAAACGAUCGAAGCGGCUCAAAUGAGAUGUGACAGGGUGGAUUGGCGGGAAUAAAUAAUUAAUGAGACUGUUUGUAAUGGUCAUUUGUGUCUUGUUUCGACACGAAUUACGAUUUCAAAUUGAUGAGCGCGCGCGUCCCACGAGAAACGACUCUCCGUCGCACAAAACAACGUCUUUUCUCGGCAGUAUUUUCCGGACAAAAAUACUUCGCUUUUCACAGAAAACGCAUGAAAAAACUUUGUCGGGGACAGGGAUCGAACCUGCGUUGGACUCGUGUUCUCGAGUUUCGAAACUGAUCAUCAACUCGCGCCUUGCCCCACCUCGGCGCCAAAAGUUUGAAAAACGCGUUCCUUUAUUUGGUCUUAUCAUUUGUCGAAUAUCCGACAGUUCACACAAAUAUUCGUCACACACACAAUGACCUCAUACUCCCACUCCAUUGUUUCUCUCUCAACCCCCUCAGCGUCAAUUCCAGAGUGUCGAACAGUCGCCGUCGCUCCAACCAUCCGCCACGCGUCCUUCUGUAUCCGUUCACAUGCCAAACGCCUCUCGUGUGUCGCACCGUUUGGAUGUCGGCCAUCGCACAACACCGAUUUUUUCUGGAACGGAAGGAGAUGAAAAAGGUGAGCGCAAAUGUGUUUGUAUCUGAAUCCCUCCUCCCGUUUCUCCUUCUCCAUUUUCUUCUCCAUCCACUUUUCGUCCAUUUCUUUUAUUGCGCAGAAGGCGUGACAAAUUUCCAUGGAUGAUGUCUGGCCGCACCGCCGCUUUCCACCUGGGUGGUAUUUCGACGGCAAAGUUGCUAUACGAAGCUGAAUUCUAGUAGGAAAAUGUGGGAGAAGUGAGAAAGGCGCAUUGAAACUUUCCAGUCUGACUCAUCGCAAAAACAAACACGCAUUCGUUCUUCGGUCGAUCCGGCUUUGUUUUGCUUGCGUUUUGUUGUUUCUGUUGCUUUUUCAUGAUACGAAUCUUGACGCCAGUUGCUGCUCUUCCAGUUUCCGCUCAUUACUCUUUUCGUUUCACUUCAUCCGGUUACCAAAAAACACACUCACAUGAUAAGUAAUCUAAUUCUGCCAAGACCUCGUUUUUCUGCUCCGAAAUUGGAUAGAAACUGAGUACGUCGUCGGUCUCCCAGCAACCAAUUUGUCUCCAUUCCUCUCUUUUCUAUACUCCCCCACGUCAUCUUUCAUUUCGUCGCAUCCCUGUGCAAACUCAUCAUCCGGUUACCCCGGGAGAUGUCGUGGGUUGCGAGCAGAAGAAGAAGAAGGUGACAGCUCUUUCUCGAAUUAUUUAUUAGUGUGCAAACGAUUAUGCAACCCGCUCAAUCGGUUACUGUUGAACGACGUUUGAAGUGGCGCGCUUUGAGGUAUUGCGUUGCGGAUUUAAUUGGUUGAGCAAUCUGAAUAGAGUAGCGAGCGUAGGAUUACGGUAACAGACUAUCUGUGAAUCCAAAACUAGAAGUGCUUAUGCUUUUAUUACAGAUUCUCCCAUUCAGUCUUUCUUGUCACUACGGCCCAUAGAAGGAAUACUUCGUCAUCGUUUUGUUCCGUUUUGUUUAGAUGAUUCACCGUUUUCUUAUUCUUCGUCUUCUUCUUUCUGCUUUUAUCAACGACCCAUCCCUUCUUCCCGUCUUUUCUCUCCUAAUCUGAGACUUUGAUCAUGUUGCACUUUCUCCUGUUUUUCGAAAUACUUCGAAGCCAUAGCCGACCACCGUCCGUUGGUUUCCGAGCAGCCGUGUCCCUCCGUCUCUUUCCCUCGUGCAUUCCUUCGUGGUCAUUGUGACAUCAGCCAGGCAAAAAUUUGCAUUUGUGUCCGUUCACCGCUUUCCUGUUCGACCGAGUACAUUGUUUUGAGAGGAGACUUUUGUUGGUCACUACGACUAAACGAAACGAUUGAUGAAAAAUAUAUGACCGGACGGGGGGCAAGGGGUCCUUCUGCUCUCGUGCCCGGGGCACUUGUCACUGCCCGUUUUACACACUCAAACCUCGGAAACGGGACAAACUUUUUUGCGUGGUUCUCUCUCCGGGCUUCUCGAUCUCUUUCCUCUCAUCUGUCACUCAUUUAGUCAUUGUUUUCGACCACCACAACUGCUCGCCUGGGACAUUCCCGUGUGCACUCACAGAUAUCUAUUUUGCAUAUAAAUACUAAGAGCUGAAACGCCGUCCACAGUCUGCCCUAUCCGAAUCUUUCGUUCCUCAAUCCAUUCGAAAAAAUUUUCCGCUGGUCUCUUCUAUUUGUUCAACAGUCUCGCACGCCUUUUUUGUCGUCGGCGCUUGUGUUAUUGUAGAGGCGUCUGUGAUGUGUCAUCAUAUAGUCGCGUAAUUUUUGAAUUCUGUCUGUACAAAAAAUCAAAUCACAUUGCCUCUCUUUUCUCCCGUCUCCCGUUCUUCUCUUUUGUAUUGUUUCCGAUCAAUGUGCUUCUCGCUCCCAAGUACACGUGUGUCUGCUGUAGCUGUUUGUCAUCCAAAAACACAGCAGGACCCCGCAUCCAGUUUGCCCUUGUCAAAGUUCUUUUACUGUGUGUUUUCUGAGUUGUGUGAUGGAUGAGUUUGCCCCAUUUUUCUCUCACUUCUCUUUUCCCUCGAUACCAGAAUCAUUCGAAAGUAAAGUGCACCACCCGGCGGCAAAUGCCUACUUACUCAUAAAGAAUAGCCGCAUCAGUGUCCUUUCCUGAUACCCUCCCGCCAAGUUAGUCAUGCCCUUCCCCGCGGGCGCCUGACCGAUUCAAAUCACUCGAAAAGUGUCGCUGCCGCGUGCCCACUUCAAGUUGUGAGCACAUCUUGCGCAGAGCACACACAGACACGAAAGGGUGGCAAUCCGAGACGCAUCACAACAUGUCUCUGCUGCAGCUUUUUCCGAAAUGGAAAGAUCCGAAGAGGAGAGAUUCCUGGUUGUCUCGGGGGCAGUUGUUAAGCGGAUUGUCGACCAUUUCGCCUCCUUCGUCUUCCGAUUUCAACGCCAAAAACAAACAAAUUCGACGGAAAUACGGUACAAGUCGCAACAAAUUGUCAUUUGCUUGUCGAGUAGCUCUCCCCUCGAGCACCAAUCCCUUCCGAUUCUAUGAGGAGCAAUGAAAAGAGAAGGACAGUCUUUCUUCCUCAAGGUCCUCCAGAAACUAUAAAUCCAUCACAUUGAAAAGUUUGCGGUUCGGAAGACUGUGUCAAAAAAGGCGCUAUGGUGAUGGUGUGACCUCGGAAUUAAGCGGGGGCCGUCGGCAAAUGAACGGACAAUGGAACAAUCAAGGAACAAAGUAGUCGUGCGGUGCGGCAAAACUCGGAGGCUAAUUGGCGGAUGGAACGCGCCGAUGCAUCCACGUCGAAUCUCCUCGCAGAUUCGAUUAUGAAUCGCGCUGGAUUUGUUCUUCAGUUGAGGAAUGGGAGGGCAGUUAUAUCCGGACGGGACGCAUGGACGCCGACGGAGAUGAUGACGAUGAAGGAUAGGGCAUGUAGAUACAAGGCCGUAACCCCUCGGAAACUACGAGCGCGCCUUCUCGGAUCAGCGGGCGUUUCGCCGGCUGCGUCUCCGGUCCGUUCCUCUCAGUCGCCACCACCACACUCAGGUGUUGUCCUGUAUCCGCCGGUAAUCGAAUCGGCGUGUAUGCUUCUCUGCGAAUCGCCAACUUGUUGCUCUCUCCCGAUCCCCCUGAAGGUGGUGCACAAGAAGGGCGGCAAACACUGAACAUCGAGAGGAGCGCAGUGCGCGAGACGGGCUGACGAUUCGAGUGAAUUUCGGAGUGACUGGUGUGUGGAUGCUUAUUAUUCGGGCUGCCAGUUGUCAUUUCCACCCUAGUCGCACAGUCCCUCUCCGAUGCGUCCGGACCAGGACGUAGCCGUGCAGAAGCCGGCCUACCGGCACAGAUAUCUACAGGUACGUCCCUGAUUAAUCCAUUGUCGCCGCUCUCCCAGUUGUGUCCACACUUUUUGCUUAAAAGAACAAAAAAUACUUCCUUUCAUUUAUCACUCUUCCUUUUGCAUAAUCUCUCCGUUUUCGUUCAUUUAUCUCUGUUCUCUCUUCCCUUUCCUCCUUCACACUUUCAUUUGUGAGCUCUCACCUCAAUGUCAUCCCCGUUUUUUCUUCUUGCUUCAACCAUCUGUUCCCACCGAUCUCCGGAUUUUCACGUGGCGCUCCUCGGGGCUGCUCAUCAACUGCAUGUGCCUGCUCCCGCUUCCUGCCCGUUUUUUCGCUCAUUUGUCCGUCGCAUUCAACCAUUGAUUCGAUCUCAUUCGCCCAUUCCUCUCCUCUAAUAGUAUUCCCCUUUCGUUUUCUCUCAUUUCUCCCUUUUGCCAUGUUUCCUUCUGUUGAAAACUAUUAUUCUACGAGCCCUUGUCGGCCGGAAAUGUAUUUUUUGUUUGAAUUUCUGAUGAACCUGUCGGUUGGCGCUUGACGAGAAGCACCAUCACUCACCGUCCCUUCCGUUUUUUUUUCUCGUUUUCCCUCCUCUCAUCAGACUGUUUAUUUCAACACAAUUUGUCCGAUUUUCUCUGCCGCUCCCAAAAUCGGGUUCUCCUCCGUGAAUGUCUCCAAUCCUCCGAUCACAUGUAAAUUAUCAGCUAAUCGGCGGCUGAUCCGCGCACUUUCUCACACGUCUUCACGACCACAUCUGCGUAUCUCUCGUUCGCGUGGUCUCUCCUCGUCGGAAGUAUUGUAUAUCUAGUUGAUCGAGCCCUUCCUUUCUCUCUCCUCUUGACUUGAAUAAUAUGGUACACACUAAGACAAACUGUGUGCGCUAAACCCCGGUAAACAAGAGUCUUGAGGCGGUUCGCAGUGCCGGUUAUAAACCCCUUUUCAAUUGUACUAUAAUCGGCAGAAGGUGGUCCUCAACUUCUUUUACUUCUUUCGAAUUCAGUACGAAAAUGACAUUAGUGUUCUUCUUUCGACCAUUACAUUUUCUCUUUUUCUCCUUUCUUCCGAACACUCUCACGCCACAACCUCUUCUUCUUCUUUCCUUCUUCCGUUGAUUGGGAGCAGGAGAAUUAUUUCGUUUUCUCAAAUCCUGAAUUUGAUUUCCCACGCCUUGUCCACUGACGUUAUUAUUCUGAAGGAGCCACAGCUCUCAAUCGUUUUCCAAAGUUUUAUCUACUUCUGAUAUGAUUUCUCAGCAGUGUCUCCUGUGAAUUUUCCUUCCGAUAAGUGUUCGUUUACCCACUCGUAAAAUGUGAAAAUGCCCGUUUUCUCUGCAAUAAAAUGGAGACUGUAUUCAUUCUGAGAACUUUUUCUUCUAGAUCGGCCUCCAAAUAUCUCCCUUUUUCUUCUUUGUGAAUUUCUUUUUGUCGGCGGGGAGCAAGGUGUAAUCGGGUCACAAGUACUGGUAUCGAGUUUCUACGGUGCAAGUACCAAACGCCAUUUGCGCAUCCCGUUUCACGUGUGUCCCGUCCUUUCAUUCACUCAUUCGACGACAAGCUGGUGACUGCGCGCGCAUCGCGAUAGAUGGCAUAUCGGUAGACAACCGUUCGCAGUCAGAUGUCUAUCAUUUGCCCUUGUGGCCCCGUUCCAUCUCUUUUGAUCUCGGCACUCACUUUCGUUCCUUUCCGGCCAAUCUUUGGUCCGCUCAACCCCGUUUCUUUUCUCGUCUCGACCAUUAGCUCUUCCUUCCAAAAAAAGCGACGACGCUCCUCUGCUCGUCGCAGUUAGUGUCCACUCUGGGCGAGUGUCGUGGCUCCCCAGGGGCGCCCGAGUACGGAGGGAAGUGAUGGUGGCGCAGAGACGUCGUCAACACGUUUCGUCGUCCGGAAUCGGUAUGAGAAAUGGGAUUCGACUAGUUCGACGACGUCUUUUUUGAGCGGCUCUGAACAAACAAAACUAGCUUUCGGGUAAAACUCAAAAGCAAAAUAUGUCAGAAGAAAAAUGCAAACGGUUCUCGUAAAUCAUGGCGCCUUCUGAAAGAGAGAACCAGAAAGCUAGUGUCCCGACUUUCACUUCGUUUCCUUCUUUCCGAUUCCGCCGCUCUUCUAAUCCUUUCUGCCUUCCUCCGGCCACCUCUCUAUGUGUUUCUCUCGAGUUUUAUUGCGUUUUUCUGAACGACGAUCGUGCUGAAGAUUGAUGUGAUUUGAAGAGGAGGUCUUCUCGUUCUCGGCCGCCGUACUACCGGAAUGUGCAUGAUGCCCACGGAUUGCGGGUGGCCAUCUGACCGCCCUUCUGCUCGUUUCUGCUUCGAAUUUAGUGGCUCUUUGUCUCCCGCUGCAUAUUUUAUUGUCACGCUCCUCUGGAAUGCAAUAUGGGCCACGGCGUUCGGAAGAAGAAGGGGGUCCGUGUGGUCUUCUGUCGGCUGGUAUCAAAUGACGAUGACACGCGAGCGACGGUGUCUUUGGCGGUGUGAUGUAUCCUGCUGGAGUUUUAUGAUCUUUACUCGAGCUCGAUCUCUCCGUGCUCAGAUUGUGCUCCAAUGACACGAGUCUCACGUUCCCACAAUACGUUUUUGUGAGCCCACGCAAUCACAUUUCCAUUAUCCCUGCUUAUGCUAAUUACAGUGCGCUGAUUGCGUGUGAACGCUUCUCCCUGAUUCUCUAUUAGCCCCAUUUGACCUCUAAAUCCGACACUCUCAUCCACGCAACUUACUCCUCUCACUCGAGCUCUCAUCUCAAUAAUCGAGCUUCUUUGGUGGCAUCUGAAUGUUGACGUAAAGACACCUGUUGCGUGGGGACCCGUCCUGUACUACCGCUAAUCGCCAUGUCACCGAGCUGUUUUCUGGAUGCAAUUAGGCAGGAAUAGGUCGCCAGAAAGAGGGCGUUUGAAAUGAUCACCCGGGGAGGUCACUCGCUAAUUCAAUCAACUGAUCAGUCACUUCCAAGUCACUCCUCUCGUUAGUUGUUUUCUAUUCUCUGCCGGAGUCCUCCCGUUUAUGGUUUCUCUUUGUUUUCUUAACCAUGUUCUGGCUUGCGCUAAAUCCGUGCCUCGGUGCCACCUGCCAGCAGUCUUCUUCUCGGCACUCAUCUGCCCGUAAGCUCCCUCUCGUCAUAAUUUGAAUAUAGUCCGCCGUCUCUUCGUACUCACACCUGUCGCCACAGUACACACGAAGCUAGGAGGUCGGCACGCGAGAGCCGUUCUCGCUAAUCCCUUCAAUCGUUUCCUUCGAAAAUGACUUUGGGAAAACAAAAUUCAAGGAAAGGCAAGGUUGGUCGAAGAAAAUUCAAAUCGAGUGUCUUUUCUGUUUUGUCUGCUUCGAUCGGUUAUGUUUUGAUUAAACGGACCUUGAGGCCACUUUGUUCCUAGCCGUCACUUCACAAUAUUUUUCAAAUUGGUUUCACUAGAAGAACGUACAGUAGCCGCCGAGACAAACAAUUAGAGAAAAUAUGUCAGGCUGUGAUAAACAGUAUGUAGUGCAAACAAACAUUAUAAUUCGUUUGGAGAGUGUUUUCCCGCCCUACACUCUCUUGACCUUCCCAUCAUUACUCCAACUAGUUGCCUCCAUCCCUGCUAGCCGCCGCCGCUUCUCUUCCCCCAAGCCACGCCCCCUUCAUCAGGCUCCUCUUUCCUUUUUGCGUAAAACCCCCUAGGUCACGCCCCUCACCUCUGCCCAUCUCUCGCCCAUUAGCUCCUUACAAUUGAGUGAACUAUGUCGGUUAGAAUUCACGCUUUCAAGCACGCAAUUCGCGAACUAUUCAUUGACGCCUAUUCUCUACAGAAAGGACAUCCACGCAACACGGUUGUCGAUCAUCAGGAGCUGACUGAGAAGCUGAACCGGCUCACCAGUUCCAGCUCAUUGGGAUCCAGCCUGCCUUCGCUGAGGUUUGUAAUUACUCAAAUGAUUUCGUUUCAAUAUUUAGUUAUUUCAGCUCACUUCACUCGAACUCGUCGAUCGGCACUAUGCCGUCGGCAAAAAUUGGCGACGGAAGUACAUCCAGUCUGCCGCCGACGAGCUCCCCCAAUAAGCCAAUGGCCACGCAGACAACACAGGCACAAUCUGACGACGCUGACCCAUUUCACAGUCAGUAUAUCUAAUCCCAUUUCCAGCCUGAAAUGCGCUUAUUUUCAGACAAAUCGCCCGAGCAAUUCCAGAGAGAUUUGGAGAAGUGUCAACACUUGAAAGCGCGGAAAAGCGAGUUGGAGGCCCGGCUUCGUGAAAAAAUGAGAGAGCUGAAAGAAGUGUGCAUCGAAGAGGGAGACAUCACCGGAGAACUUCCCGUCGAAAUCAACGACGUCGUGCUGCCAGGAGAUGACUUCCCAAGGCUGAAACGACGCGUCGGAACGGCCUAUUCCAUUCCUGACGAGCUGAUCAAAGCGGACAAGGUUGUUAUCCCGGUAUUUCUCUGCAAUCGCGCUCUGUUCCUAAUAUUCAACCGAGUUUCUAGACCGCGAAGUAAUUUUCAGUUGUUUUCACUGAAAAUUGAAAAAAUGAAAAUUGGUCUAACUUUUCAAUGUGCACCUGCAAUGUGCACUGCAAAAAAAAGUUUACCAAAAGAGCGAGAUUGCAGUGAAAUACCGUCAUAAUAGUAAUGUUGCUCCCACAAAAGUUUUAUCAUCGUGCUCUAGCGCACUUCGCAUGACUUCAGUGCUAAACUCGAAAGUCUCACGCGGAAUCUCGGUAGAGCGCGAUUUCCACAUUUCCUGAAAAUAACUUAUUAUUGCUUUUGUGUUUUCAGGCCGAUAAAAUGAGCCAACUGGAGACUGAUGUGGAGUUGCAUCGACGAAUCGUGGCGGCUGCUUCAAGAUUGGCAACUGACAAGAAUACGAACAAAUCAGUGCGAAAGAAGAGGCAGAAGGAUCUUCAGGCCGCCCGUUUGAGGCUGAAUAGGCUUGAGCAGGGACUGCAACAGAUGAGACACUCGGCCAGUAAACCAGAUAUCAGCAGUCUUGCCAGCGACGGUAGCAACAGUUAGUGGCCCUCAUGCCUUCAUUUCUCUAACUUUUUUCUUGUUCAGAUUCGUGGACGGCGUCGAAUUCGAGUGGACCUAUGCUAACGAUUGCGAUGACGAAGAGCUGUCCGACGACGCCAAGAGGAUCCGUUCCCGACCUGUCCCGGCACAACGGCAUCGACGACGGUAAAGACGAAUUCGAUGAGAACGUGGAGGAACGAGUCUCUAGACGGGCACCAAGGUACUGUCAGCCCCUCCCGUAUCCCCGUGUGUCACCUUCCCUCGGGCCCUCUUCUACCUUUCUUACACUUCUCUCCCACCCUAAUCGAAUCCGAUUUCAGUGCUAUUUCCCGUCAUUCCCUUUCCCAACGCUACUCCGGAGUCUCUUCCUCUUCCACCAGUUCGGGAUCCGAUUCGAUGGGUCUCGGGCUGCCGCCCCGUCCGACUUCCCGCAAAUCGCAGCAGCAGCAGACGACUCCGUUUGAAGAUCAGCUCGACAAUCCGCUGUGCACUGUGCCGACCAACCCUCUGUUAGUUGCAUCGAAAGGCAGAAGAAAGCACGGGUGCCGUGAGAUAACCGAGUAUUUUCCGGUUUUGAAGAGGAUCAGAACCAACUACUGACUUUGUUUUCUGUUCGCUUUUUAUUUUAGAGAUUUAUCACUAACUGGUUAGGCAUGCAAAGAAUAAUCGUAAUAAAAUUUGUUUUUACGCCGGUGCACCUAUUUCAGCUGUUUUUUACUGAUUUGAUGAAAGGUAUUAUUUCGAAUAAUAGCUGCACUCUAACCUGAUCCUCUUCACUGAAGAAAAGUUCGGAGAAGGAGAAUUGGAUGCUGCUCAUUGGAAUAAUUCCGAUUCUCAAUCUUCGAAUUUUUCUUCUGAUUUCUAGUCCUUUCUUCUCAUCCUGCUUCAAUUCCUGAUGUUAAUUGUUCCAGCUACGAGAACGUCGGCUAUCGAUCCACGUCCUAUCGAAGCAGCUACCGUCAGGCACACUACCCGACCAUUCAGGUGGGACAGUUCAAUGUUCUGAAACUUCUCAGCUUUCAUCCAUUUCAGGACGAACAUACUCAGCGGAAACGUGCCCAAUCGGCUCACUCGAUCAGCACAGAUAACGGCGCCAAUGGACGAACAUCCACGUAUUCGGUGCCGUUGAACGACGCCGCUCAGAAGUUCCGCGACUACGAUUACGAAGAUGAAGAGGACUCCACUCCGACGAUGGAUAUUCCCGGACACCUGAUCAACGUGCGUCGGCUGACGUCUUCCAUUUCCUGCCAAGCAGGGUUCGCAACGGCGAGUCUGGAUCGGAGAUACUCGAAGCCGAACGGAGGGCGGCUUUCGAAUGGAUGCUCGGAUGACAUGGUCCGUCAGAAUGUGACCACUCGGAUCACAACGUUCCCCGUGGCUCCGACUGCUUCGACUGUGAUAUUGUCUGGGUGAGUGACGCACUGAUAUUGACAGAUUUCAUUCUCACCAUUCGUCACUGGAAUUUUGUCAACGAAACACAAAAAUAAUGUUUUCCUUUCAGGAAACCCUACUCGUCAUCUGAACUUCCUCGCUUCCAACCGCCGCCUCCGGUCGCCAGAGUCACCAACAUGCCACGUGGAUCCCUGCCUCCGUACUCGUCGCCGAUCGGAAUGCCGCCUUCGCAAUCCAACGGAAUGCCAUCGAAUGGAAAACUGCCACUGAGCACGAAUCCACAGAUGGAAGCACUUCUCUCCUACUACAAGCAGCAGCAACAUCAGCAGUCACGUCCCCCUCCGUCUCAGCAGCAGCAGCCGAAAACGGCGACGAUCGUCUAG